AUGUUCUCCAGAGCCGUUCGAGUUCCCAGGGCGGUGUCUCUAGGCGCCAGCGCCCGGGCAGCACCCUUUGCUCUGGCUGCUCGCUCCGUCACCACCGACGCAGCUUCUGCUUCUUUGAGCCACUCCGUCCCUCAGUCCGACGUUGAGCCCUUCCAGGUCACACUCAGCGAUGAGAGCUUCGAGACAUACGAGUUGGACCCGCCACCCUACACCAUCGAGGUGACCAAGAAGGAGCUCAAGCAGAUGUACUACGAUAUGGUCACCAUCAGACAGAUGGAGAUGGCCGCCGACCGCCUGUACAAGGAGAAGAAGAUUCGUGGUUUCUGCCACUUGUCCACCGGACAAGAGGCCGUUGCUGUCGGUAUUGAGCACGCCAUCACGAAGGAAGAUGACAUCAUCACGGCCUAUCGAUGCCACGGCUUCGCCCUGAUGCGAGGCGGUACCGUCCGAUCCAUCAUCGGAGAGCUUCUGGGCCGCCGCGAGGGUAUUGCCUACGGAAAGGGUGGUUCCAUGCACAUGUUCUGCAAGGGAUUCUACGGUGGCAACGGCAUCGUCGGUGCCCAGGUCCCUGUCGGAGCCGGCCUGGCCUUCGCACACAAGUACAAGGACAGCAAGACGGCUAGCAUCAUUCUCUACGGCGAUGGUGCCAGCAAUCAGGGUCAGGUUUUCGAGGCCUUCAACAUGGCCAAGCUGUGGAACCUCCCAGCGCUGUUUGGCUGCGAGAACAACAAGUACGGAAUGGGUACCUCCGCCGCUAGGUCAUCCGCCUUGACCGAUUACUACAAGCGUGGACAGUACAUCCCCGGCCUCAAGGUCAACGCCAUGGACGUCCUGGCCGUCAAGGCAGCCGUCAAGUACGGCAAGGAGUGGACUGCCGCCGACAAGGGUCCCAUGGUGCUCGAGUAUGUCACCUAUCGCUACGGCGGUCAUUCCAUGUCUGAUCCGGGCACCACCUACCGUACCCGUGAGGAGAUCCAGCGGAUGCGCUCAACCAACGACCCCAUCGCCGGCCUGAAGCGGAAAAUCCUGGAGUGGGAGAUCACAAGCGAGGAUGACCUGAAGAAAAUCGACAAGGAUGCACGGAACCACGUCAACGAGGAGGUUGCUGCCGCCGAGGCCAUGGUCGUUCCCGAUGCCAAGCCGUCCAUUUUGUUUGAGGACAUCUACGUGCCGGGAAGCGAACCGCAGUACAUCCGCGGGCGAACUCCCGACGAGAACUUCUACUUUUCCAAGUAG